AUUAUUAGUUAAUCUUGAUGUCGGUGUGAUUCAUUCAAUCAUAGAGGUUACACAAACUUUACAAAUAAACAUAUUAAAGAUCUUGUUCCCUCCGUUGAAGUCUUAGUUGUAGUUCUAUUAUUCUAAUGCCUGCACGUGUAUCUCCCACUCCAUAGACAACUUCAUAAAAACAGAUUUAAGAUAUUGGAAUAAAUUAUGCUUGGAAUCCAGCAAUGGGAAACUUCCACCAAACCCCCAUGCUUUGUAGUAGGAAUGCUUAUAGCAGUUUCUUCUCUAUGUAUGUAUGUAUAUAUAUGCUCAAAUCAGACCCCCAUAAGAUCAAAAAACAAAAGCAUCUUUAACAAAUAACAACCCACCAUCGAAUUUAAUUCACAAAUGGCUCAGCUUUUCCUUCUUUGUUUGUUUUUGAUAAAUGCUUUUGUGGCUAUGGCGGCCAGUGGAAAUGCUCCAGCUCCGGCUCCUGGAGAACCAUACAAAGCUGAAGCACCCACAAUAAGGAAACUUGGAAAGCACCAACUAUUGAAGACCUUUGACAAUGCACCGGCUUCAAGCCCAUCCCAAGCGCCCCACACUAAAAAGAACAUGCACCCCACUGUAGGAAGCCCCUCUGCAGAUCACACAGCAGCCAUUACUGAACCAAACAAAGAAGAAAACGUGAGUGUUGAUGGAGAGGCCAUUCACCUACAAAAUCAUCAUCAUCAUUCCAUGGACAAAUCCGUAGCAGGGGGCGGUGUAAUCCUUGGAGGUCUUGCCACAACUUUCUUGGUGGCUGUUUUUUGCUAUAUAAGAGCCACUGGAAGACACAAACCAGAGACGCAUCAAAGUAAUAAUGAAAACCAGUAAUUGAAUUGUACGCAUAUGAAAUUACAUGGUAUUGUAAAUGCCACCCUUCUUUUUAAAAAUUGUAAAGGAAAUUACGAAUUGAAAACGUCUGCAAUUUACUUCUACCAAA